AAGACGGAACAGGAUGAUGAUCUCUUCGCAUGUCCAAGUUGCGCCCUCUGCCUAUUCGGGUUCCUACUGAAUGCAAAGGUUUCUAGAGGGCGACGCUCAACCCCCCAUGGGUUUGAUACCCUGAGAUGAGGAACUGCCGCCUGCUUGGCUUCGUUGCCCAGGGCGCAAUACGGCAGCACCAUGCCCUGCAGCCCCUCCGUCAUGUGAGCCUCGACCCUGCCACCGUUGCUUCGCCCGCCUCGUCCCGAGCUGAGCCCAGGAGAGCCUACUCGGACCAGUGGCGCGCACCGCCGCUCCCGUCCGCCCCGGGCGUCGCGGACCGCGUGCGCUCCGUGCUCCGCCGGAUGCCGCAGUCAGUGGUGGUCGUGACCGUCGCGGCCCCGCCGUCCGCAACACAACAACAACAACGCCAAGCAGCGGCCGCCGACCAACACCACUGGCACCACCACCAGCACGCCGUCGGCAUGACCGUGUCGUCGUUUGCGUCGCUGGACCUGGACGGCGACGUGGCCGCCGUCGCCUUCAACGUGCGCCGGCCCAGCAGGACCCUCGACGCCAUCGAGCGCGGCGCCGGCGUCUUCAACGUCCACGUGCUCGCCGGCAACGACGCCGGCGCCCGCAUCGCCCGCCACUUUACCCAGCCCAACGACGCCGAUGGUGGCGGCAGCGGCGGCAGCAGCAGCAGCAGUAGCAGCGGUAGCGGUGGCGGUGGCGCAAGUAGGGACGAGAGCUGGCCGAUGCUGAGGAGGAAGCCCCGCGGCCUGUUUGAUGACCUCGAGCGCAGGGCGGGGUGUGGCGUCGUCGCUGCCGACGCUGGUCUCGACGCCGCCACGGCGCCCCCGGUGCUGGAGGGCCCCGGCGUGCUGUACGUGCUGACGUGCGCGGUCCCGUCGUCGCCGGCGCGGGGGGCCAUCACCGUCAUGAGCCACGCCAUCGUCGUGGCGGGCGUGACGGGCGUGUCGGUCGGCGAGGUGGCCGCCCUCGAGGAGCGAGAGGAAGAGGCCGCCACGCGGGGGAGCGGCGAAGCGCAGAGGACGCUCGGCCUGAGCUACGGAGACAGGAAAUACAGAGCGCCGGGAGGUAGCCUGCUCGGCGCUGCCGCCAGGGAUGGGGCGCGCGAGUAGGAGCUCCAUGGGCAGCCGAGAGGGAGAAAAUCGCGAGCUCCGUCGGCAUGCCCCCCAUGGCAUGAAUGUAACAUAUUGUACGACAUAUGACGUUAGAUUCGGAUGGGGUCGUGUCUGCCCAAGCUCGGAUAGAGAAUAGGCGGGAAGGAACGGGCGGCUGCCGCUAAUCGUUAUAGAUCACACACGACGCUUGUCUUGUAUUGGAGCUAUACCUGGGGAAAGUGGACAAUGCAAGGCCGUCUAGCUUCUCGUGG